UCAAGGGUUUUAGAGAAAAAGGUGAAUGAAACACAGGUAUCAAAAACAGUGUUCAGCCACCUUAAGGGUGCCACUUCUUCAAGGUUGUUGCUUGUUCAUUAUGAAGGCUAAGUGCUGUUAUUCAAUGUUGCAAUGACAUUGAAAAGAUACAGUUAUAGCUAAUAAAUAUCAGACCUGACAGCCUGCUUAAACUGAAAGUCUACAGAUUGAAUGUUUGUAGAUUGAAAGUCUAUUGAUUAUUCGGAUCAACCAGGACAUUUCUGUUGGAAGCUGAACAUUCACCUAUAUGUAAUGGGGGAUGGUUAAUUUUGGCAAGACUAAUGGCACCCAGGUGGCUGGUCUACCUCCCUUUGGCUCUCUAAGCUGUUUGUUUCAUUCAUGUUCCUGUCAAUUCACUUUGUUUCAAUCAUUUCAGGUAUGCCACUGACACCAGAGAGUCCUGAAGAUCGAGUUCAAUUACUUGGAUCAAAAGGUCCAGAGAGGAGUAAAGAGAAUGCUGAAGAACCAUCAUCAUCACUUGUACACUAUUCACCAUCCCUGUCACUUCAGUAAGUGAACAGCAAAUUAUUCAUUUAAAGAAUUUAGUUUGUUUCAGUCAAACUGUCCAUGGGCACCUUCAGAUUCACACCUUGGUGCUUUCUUAUGGGAAGUGUCUGCAUCUCCAGGAGAAGGCAGGGGGGAAGGGAGGAGUUGGGGGAGGGGGGGCAAAAACAAUGAAAUACACUGAGAAUGGGGAGUGCUGUUUUUAUUCUACUAGGAAAUAAAUAGUUUAAUAACUUUUUAACUCACUGUCUCUGGUUUGAACAACUUUGAAUAUUUAGCCAGCACAAGGAUUUCCUAUUAAUAUUUAAUUCUGAAACCGAAAUACAUGAACCAAGAUUUGAGACAAUUUCUGGCAACAAUCCUAUAAUAUUUGAGGCAUUAAACAAAUUUCUCACAAGCCAGAAAACGUGAAAUUACAACAACAAGAGAAACUACUCCAAGAACAACACCUUAAAAUCAUUGAGUCACACCUUUGAGACCAAACCAAUGCAGAUGUUCACAAAGAAAUUCAUACAAGUAACAGAAUAAUAUAUUAUGCUAUAUAAUAUCUAUAGAGUUGCCAUUUUAUGGCCUUAUGCACCCUAGGGCAGAAAGAGGAUUGAGUGAGUUGAGUACCAUGUUUUAUAUCUCUUGCAGACAGAACUGUAGUAAUGCAAUUUCUCAGGCAGUUAAUUCUGUGGCAACAUCAGAGUCCUUUGGCAAACCCUCCUCUCUUCAAGGUAGCCACUCAGAAUCCUGCUAUCAACAGCCAUUUCACAAUGCACAAUGUGUUUCUGCUGAUAGAGGCAGCUUUGGUGAUCUGACCCAAACCCAUCACCUCACAAAUGAUGGUGGCUUGCAACAACACAAUGGCCAUGUUUCAAAUACUACUGUUCCACAACACUUUGCACAUGGAGGGAAUCUACUGCAAGAACCACCACUGCCAUCUCUAUUUAUUCCAAGAUCAGCACCAGACCAUAUCAGCACCCAUGGAGGGCUUGUCUCCACUCAUAUUACUGGCACGGUCAACCAAGCCUAUUCUGAACACUGCAACCAAGGCUAUGUUUACCACAACAUACAAUCCUCAGAUCCAAGUAGAGUUGGCAAUUUUCCACAACAUUUUAUUCCCAGCAACCCACCACCACUCUGUCCAAAUGCUCAUGGCACCAACAGUGGAGGCUUCAGUGCUGGCCACAUGGCAUCCAAGGCUGAACAUCCUGCAGCAUCCACACAAGCAUCACCUGACUGCGACGGUACCAAGAUGGUUGGGACUCCAGCAUACAUGAUCAGUGGACCACUGGGUAGUAAAGAUAUGAAAAUCACACUGCUACGUGAUGAUUUGUCUAAACACAGCUCCAAAGAAAGAAUCCGAAGAGAACGUAUCAAGGAGAGUUGUGAUCAACUGCGCUUUCUGUUACCAAGUGUUGCUGGAAAAAAAUCUGAUAUGGCUUCUAUACUUGAAAUGACAGUGAAAUAUGUGCGAAUGAUCAAGGAAAGGCUACCACCUGCUGUGCUGCAAGAGAUUUCUCAGAAUAUUGCUGACACAACCUUAAUACUUCCCAGGAAAAGACCAAAUAGAGACAUAACAACCAACAAACAGGCAAGGCCAAGACUUGCACCUACUUCAAAUGUUCACGAGGCACCACCAAGACUACCACACCCUUUACCACCAUUCUACAUGAGGUCUGUACCACUUCAAGGCAAGACCCCAGCCAUGGUAACCACAACAGGGCCUAUGUAUGUGCCACACCUUCACAUCAGGCCUGGUCAUGAACAUGCCCAAAUUCCCUUACAGCAGCAUCAUGUUCAUCAAACUGAACCAGCAAGCUUUAGACCGGCAACUUCACCUCCUUCGGCAUUCAACAGCUGUCACACUGUGGGUAACACCAGAAGUGCUAACUUAAUGCAGCAUCACUCAUCACAUGAACAUGCCACAAUGAACAUUCACCAGGAAUACAGUGCACCCCAUUCUUCAUUUCACUCCAAGCCCAAGCACAUUUAUCAUGGCAACCACCCUGCAGUUCCAAGUGCGCCUGGUCACAGUUAUGACAUGCCCCAGCAAUGGAGUUUCUUGAAGCUUCCACCCAUAGGGAACAUUUUCCAUUCAUUAAGUUCUAGUAAUUUAUGCCAGGAAAGUCCAAAACAGGAUUCGUGCGAGUCUGGUAGAUCCUCACCAGCUGACUCUUCAUCCAUGACACCACCACUCUGGGAGAGCAGUGGAAGUGUGAUUGGUAACAGACAAAAUCAUGCACACAUGGAAAGUCCUAUUAUGUUCAAAGGUACAUCAAUAUAAAAACACAGAUGAUAACCACAUUUCAUUGACGACAACAAUUAAUCGCUCUGUGUGAAGGCUUCACAACAAUUAUGUGAAUCAUGUACCCUAAAGCAAACAUAAAGAAACUGUCUAAAAGGCUUCUUAUAUGGAUGACUAUUUAAAGAUGACUACAUAAUUUACAGAAUUUUAUAUUUUGGUACAUUAAGAUCAAGGAUCUGGAGUAUUGCUUGAACUCAAAAUUUACCAAUUUGACCAUCAUUUUUUCAAACUUUGCAGAGAUACAUGUAUAUAACCUUACGCAUGCUUCAAGAGAGUCUUUAAGGGUUGAUGUUAAGAUUUUGACACCAGUUGAAACAUUUGAUAUGUCUGUAACUAAAAAUUGCAGUUAUCUUCAGAUGAAAUACAAUUUAUUGUCAGUGAUAUUUGUAAGGAUAUAGUGUUGUUGCUAAGAUUUCAGUUACAAUUCAAAGUUGGGAGAUUUCGUCAACUGAAGAUAUAAGAGAUUCAAAGGAACUAUUCUAUACAGAUAAAUAUUGUAUAAUACCAUUUAUCUUGUGUAUUCUGAGCUGAACUACCCAUAGCAAGCAAGCUUUCGAUAAUUAUGUAUAGCAUCAUUUAAUUAGGGGUGCGUUUCUUUAAGAAAAUCCAAGAUUGGAUUCUUAAAUCUAGAUUUUGCAUUUCUUU